AUGGAUAACUAUUUAGCAUCAAAUGGAAUUCAGCAUCAAAAAUCUAUUCCAUUUACACCAGAGCAAAUGGGUGUAGCUGCUGAACGUAGUAACAGAACUCUUGUAGAGCGAGCACGAUCAAUGUUGGUGGAUGCUCACCUUGAUCAAAAUUAUUGGGCUGAAGCAGUGCAAACUGCAAAUCACUGUAAAAAUAUAUCUCCAACUAUUGCAGUUGCAGGUAAUAUGCCAAAAUUCUAUGAUGAAUCCUCAUUCAGUGGGAGCGUGAUUACGACAUUUUCAGAUACUGAGAAUGCAAUAGCUGAUGAUCAGAACGGUGAAUUGGAAGGGAUGGUUAAUGAUAAUACUCAGUCUGAUCAUGAAUUAGUUAAUGCUAGUAUUAAAUCUAAUCACGCUGAACAUAAUACUGCUCAAAAUGAUAGCCAUGAUAACAGUAGUAUAGUUGAUGAGCUACCUACAUUGACUAGAAACAGAAAACUUAGAUUCCCAAAUAGUUAUACGGACUUGACACACACGGGAUGCCAGAAAUGCCAAUGCCAAAUUUAG